UUUAAUCUAAUCUGUGAUAAGACAUUGAUGGAUUUUCUGGCGCAGCCAAAUGCCAAUAGCUGUAGCCUGUAUUAACUAUUAAAUGUUUCGGUUUCUGUACACUGCACUGGUUCAUACUUCAUUCUGAAGUUUAGUAGAAUUUAUAAAUACUACGGUUCACGGCGUUAGUUUUUGGGCAAAGGUAAAUUUGGUGUAAUGGCUACUCAAUCAGAAAUCAAGGUUGUUACUAAUAAUAAAUGCUUUGGAGGUUAUCAGAAAGUAUUAGAACAUUCUAGCGAUGUACUUAAAUGUACUAUGAAAUUUGGAAUAUACAUACCACCACAAGAAAACGAAGAAGAACAAUUCCCAGUAUUGUUUUAUUUAUCGGGUUUAACGUGUACUGAACAAAAUGUGAUAACUAAAGCUGGGUUUCAGAGAUUAGCUGCUCAAUACAAAAUGAUUGUUGUUACACCUGACACAAGUCCUAGAAAUUGUGGUAUUCCUAACGAAGAAGCAAAAUGGAAUGUUGGUGCUGGUGCAUCAAUGUACGUUAAUGCUACUCAAGAGCCGUGGAAUAAGCAUUUUCAAAUGUACACAUAUAUCACUGAAGAACUGUAUGAACUCGUGUUGAACAAUUUUCCAGUAUUAAAAGAGCAGGUGGCUAUCACUGGUCAUAGUAUGGGAGGACACGGAGCACUAAUGUGCGCUUUACGUAAUCCAAAUAAGUAUAAGUCGGUGUCAGCAUUAGCACCAGCUUGCAAUAUAUCCAACUCACCGACCUUAAUAGAAGGAUUAAAGACGUUGAUUGGAGAAGAUAUGGAAUCUUUUAAAACUUGGGACCCAACUAUUUUAGUACAAUCGUAUAAUGGUCCUAAACUUGAAAUAUUAAUACAUGUGGGUACUGAAGACAACUUUUUAAAAGAGGAUUUACUGAUUGAUAACUUUGUUCAAGCGGCUAGCGGAAAUGACAAAAUUCAGUCUAUUGUUAAAUAUGAAAAAGGCUAUGAUCAUGGAUAUUAUUUUGUGUCAACAUUUUUUGAAGAACAUAUUAAAUUCCAUUAUUCUAUUUUACACAAAUAUGCCUAAAAUAAUCAAAUUUGAUGCACUGGGUUGUCAUGUACUGCUAAUUAUUAACUAUUAUGUGCAACCAUAUUUAACUCUUAUUUAAAAAAUCUUGGGAAACUGGAUACACAAUAGCACUGAUAAUGCACUUGAGGGGCACUGUAAUAUGUUAUAAUGCUAUAGAUGUUUAAAGCUGUAUUAGAUUUUUAAUAAAAAACACUAUAAUUAUUAA